AUGAUAUUGAGGAGACUGAAAAGAAGCCGUCAUCCAGUGCAGCGCGGCCACUGCCGAGCAUCGGAGGAUCGUCUUCGACACAUUAUGAUCGAUUUGACCUUGUUGGACGCAAGCGCCACGCGUGAUGACUUCACCGUCGGGAUGUCGGGACAGGUUACCAGUACGAAGACAAAUGAAGUUUCACCCUAUCGGUUGCCAUUCCCCUUCCGGCUUCCACACAAUACGCAGCGUCGAAUGGCCGAAAUCGCCAUAUCUGACUAUACAGUCAACAGCAUGCUUACCAGUCACAGACUGUUCUCGUUUUCAAAACGAAUUCGCUCCUGUUUCACAUCGACUCCCACUCUCCCGGUGUCGGAAGUCUUCUUGAAGACCACUUGCAGUGUUAACGAAGUCUGCCUCUCUGAUCAGAUAGGAACUGCGUAUCCCGGAAGGACUUUGGAGAUCAUAAUAAGAACUACACGUCCUCCUGUGAAUACUAUUCUCCAUCAGGCAAUGAGUUGA